GGAAUCUCUCUGCUACAAGUCUAUGAAUGACGUCACAGUCACAACAACACGAGUUUCAAAAACAAAACAAAGAGACUUGAAAUGAAACGAGAGUCGGAAUAGUGCUUGAACUGAUACUAAUUCUCUAAACAUCAUGGCGUCAAAUGGUAGCCUUCCUGUCACUUCUCCAGUGAACCAGGCAAUGUCUGCCUCAUCUCCUUUGAUCGUUCAUCAUCGAGGCCUCGAUUUAACUUAUCCCAUCAAGCCUUAUCCCUCGCAAGCUGAAUUCAGUCAAUUGGUCCUUGAUUGCUUUUUAGGUGGGAAGCACGGACUGUUGGAAUCCCCCACGGGUACGGGCAAAACCAUGGCCUUGUUAGCCGCCGCCAUCGCCUAUCGCUCUCAUCCAUUCGGAUCUCAGAGCUUGGUCAUCUACGCUUCCCGCACUCACGGCCAAUUGGAGCAGGUCAUUCGGCAACUCAAACAAUUGGAUCGCCUCACAGCCCGCGAAAGUCCAUUCCGAGCGGGUGUGGUGGGUUCCAGGGAGCAGCUCUGUAUCCAUCCCCAGGUUCAAGCCCGAACGGGGAGCUCGGAGAAGGUCAAGAUGUGCAAUUCUUUGGUCAAGAGUCGUCAAUGCCAGUUCUACAACAAUUACGCCCAAAUGGCGUCCACGGAAAGUGAUCGAGCGGGUGAUAUCUGCGAUAUUGAGGAUCUAGUCAAGACGCAUAAGAUGAAAAAGAUCUGCCCAUAUUUUGCGGCUCGCGAGCGUUCUAGUAAGGUCGAUAUGUUGUUCAUGCCUUAUAAUUACUUGCUGGAUGCGUCCAUUCGAAAGACGUUGAAUUUUCAACUCAAAGGUAGUCUCGUCAUAUUGGAUGAAGCUCAUAAUGUCAUGCAGGUGUGCGAGGAUUCGUCGUCAAUGUCCUUUGAAGUGAAAGAUGUGGCUGUGGCCUUGCAUGAGGUCGACGUUGUGCUUCAGUUUCUCGACAAGCAGGAGCCCAUUGAGGGCAUUAACUUGGAAGAAAUCUCCAUUGAAGGUGCUUGCUUAGUCAAGGAACAUUUAGUCGGUCUCGAGGAGACCCUCAUGAAAUACAUUUCGGAGGGUACGUGGAAGCCCGGCCAAACUUAUCCGGGACAGAGUAUCAAAGAGCUUCUGAUGAGUAGCGGGCUGAAUUCCGCUAUCAAGGGGCCUUUUGUGACCGCUUUACAAUCGCUACAAGAAGUCUUGGCAGUUCUUAGCACUCUCCGAGGCGGUCAAGAUAGUGGGCGAGGUUUGCAGGUAUUGGGUCAAUUAUUGGAGUUGGUGUACCCUGAAAAUCGAGACCCACUCAUGGGGUGCCAUCUCAUGAAAUACUAUCGGUUCCACGUGGAGUCUACAAAAGUGAAGAACAAUCUGAAGUUCCACCUUUGGUGCUUCCACUCGGGCUUUGCCAUGUCUAAUUUACGGGGAUGCGGGAUCCGAUCUGUCAUUCUUGCCAGUGGAACUCUCAAACCCUUCAAUGUGCUAGCGGAGGAAUUGGACACUCGCUUUGAAGUGCAAUUUUCUGGCCCGCAUGUAAUAGGCCAAGAUCAAUGCAUGGUCCACGUGGUACCUCAAGGCCAAGACAAAGUUCCUUUGAUCUCCACGUACCAAAAUCGUAAUAACCCCAAGUAUCUCCUUUCAUUAGGCCACACCAUUCUAGAAAUACUAAAUGUGACGCCGCACGGCGUGUUAAUAUUCUUUCCAUCCUACGCCAACCUUACGGCCAUGGUGGAUUCUUGGCGAUCCUCGGGGUUUUGGAACAAAAUUGAAAAGGCAAAACGCAUGCUCGUGGAACCCAAGGAGAAGAUUGCCUUUGAGCAAGUGAUAAACGAAUACCGAACCCGAAGCUCAGACGAUAAUGACCAAAGCCCGUGUCUCUUGGCCGUUUGUCGAGGCAAAGUGGCGGAAGGCAUUGACUUUUCUGAUCGCAUGGCUAGAGCUGUGAUCGUGACGGGAAUUCCUUUUCCGAACCUGCACGACUCGAGGGUACAAGCCAAGCGCAAUUUUUUGGACCAGAAACAGUCUCGAGACAAAACUGGCAUCUCAGGCAACGAAUGGUACAAAGUGGAAGCAUUUCGAGCCGUGAAUCAGGCAAUCGGGCGUGUCAUUCGUCACCGAAAUGACUUUGGGGCCAUCAUGUUCUUAGACAAGCGAUUCGGUGACCAGCAAAAUAGAACUAACAUCUCCAAUUGGGUGUCUGCUAGUCUACGAAGCAAUAUCGAUGCUAAAGAGGCAAUUAGAGCUCUCAGUCAAUUCUACUCCAAGAUGCAGGGAACCGUCAAACACAUCCCUCGCCCUCAAGCCCAUGUGGAUCGAUCGUCGAGCAUGAUCGGAGGAAAUAAGCGUCCGUUGAGCUCAAAUUCAACCGCUACACGGCCUCCUGCCACUAUUUCAGCGCCCAAAAAGAUCAAGGUCACCUCAACAGCCUCCAACAUGUUAAAGUAUAAAACGACGACAUUGGUAAGCCGAUUGAAAUUGGACUUCACCAAAGACGAACUUCGACAAUUCUUCGCUGCUCUAAAAACUUACAAGGAGGUGGGAAAUUUGGACGAUUUUAUUGCCUGUUUACGAGUGACUGCCCCCAAAGAAAAGCUCAAGAAUGUCAAUUUGCACGAAUUCGAGGACUUCAUACUCCAGAAAGACCUCGGGAAGUUCGGGGACUUUUGCCAAACUCAGCUUCAAGAGAGUCAAUGAAACACUGGCCUACAAUUAUCCUCACAGACUUGAUCUGACCCCAAAACUUUCUGCCGUCUUGCAACUUGUCAAAUCUUAUAUGUAUAGAGAAAGUUGCUGUAGACUCUUACCUCAAGUAAAUCCGGCAGUUAUGACAAAACUUUGCAGGAGGGACUUCUCUCGCUUUGAUGAUUAUGUGUAAGGCUCGUUUUUCCUAAGCAAGAUCUUAAGUGAAACUCAAUCCUCUCGACUUUGCACCUCUUAUCAGGUUUUUGUUGUCGUCCACGACAGCUGAAGAACAACGCACGGUUCGGUUCGUAAUUUUAGUUCUGGAUGAUUGAAAAGUCCGAUCGAGGUAGAGAAAGUAGAAUUUGAUUCAAGGUAUUAGUUAAAAUGACGCCAUUUAAGAUAGUUUUGCUUUAAAACAGCUUGGCAAGUUCAGGUAUGAUUAAGCGGGUCUACGGCCAAGCCUGGUGUAGUUAUUGCGAUAUUUGAUGCAUCGUUGUCUUGAUGAUCUCCACACAUUGCCCAAGCUCCUUCUCGGUCAUGGUGAGAGGAGGAGCAAAUCGAAUGAUAUCUCCAUGAGUGGGUUUAGCAAGCAAGCCAUUGUCCGCCAAUUUGAGGCAGACGUCCCAGGCAUCAAAUUUCUUAUUUAUCACAAUCGCAUUGAGGAGGCCCUUUCCUCUCACCGUGGUCACAAUAUCCUUCGGAAGCGUUUCCAACUCGCUCCUCAAGAUUGUGCCAAGCUUCUCUGCAUUUUGAGCGAGCUUCUCCUCCACGAGCACCUCCAAAGCAGCCAUGGCUACUUUACAGGCCAAGGGAUUCCCGCCGUAAGUGGACCCAUGUUGUCCCGGCUGUAACAGGCCCAUGACGUCAUUGUUGGCUAAAGCGGCCGCAACGGGAAGAACACCUCCCGACAG